AUCCAAUAGAUGCGAUCCAGUGUUUAAUUUUCUUUGAUUUGUCGCUUUGUAUUUUGAGCGUUCAAAAAGCCAGCUAACAGCAUCGGGUAAACAACAUCGUAUCUUGAUAAUUAACCGUGACUGAGAUCAUUGAAGAUCCAUCGUGAUCACCGAAGAUGAGUGAUGAUGAAGAUGUAGUGCUCUGCAAGAGGGACAAGAACAAACCCUAUGACUUGGUUGUAAUUGUACUGCGAAGCUACUACCCAGAACUUGCUGAUGAUCUCGAUGUGGAGGAGGCUGCGAAGACAGCACCAGAUCAGAAUGUUCAAUUACUGGCCAAGAGAGGGAAGAAGUUUGAAGUGCUUGGUCCUGUAGGAUGGUGGUUAUAUGUAAAGAGCCUAGACACUGGGGAGACUGGAUACAUACCAAGUAUAAAUGUUGCUCCUAUUACUGAUGAUCUUAGCUGUGAAGAUGAAAUUGAGUUGAAUCGUGGUGGAGAGCUUUCACCAGAGAUGGUCAGUAAGAAUGUUGAUCUGAAGUACUUUCCUCUUGCACCAGUGGAGAAGGAUUUACUCAAUCGGAAACCAUGUCCUGAAGAUUCUGCAAACUUCAUUUCAAGGCUUACAUUUUGGUGGAUGAACUGGCUUAUACGGACAGGGCACAAAAGACCCUUAGAGGACCAAGACUUGUGGGCAUUACCAAAAGCCAUGAAAUCAUCAAAGGUUAUUCCAUUAUUGGAAACAAGAUGGAAUGAAGAACAGAAAAAAUUUAUUUGCCAUAAGUGUGAAUUUCUUGAUUGCCAUUGCAAGAAAAUUGAAGAGCAUUCAUGUAAAAAGGAGUUAACUAAAGAAACUGAGGAAGCUAAAGAAACAGAACAGUCAGAAGAAAAAGAAGAAGAGGAGGAGAAAGUAGAAUUUGUACCCAAGGAAAAAGAGAAAGAAGAGACAACAGAAGGAAAAAAACYGAAGGGACCAUCUUUGGUGAAAGUUCUUUUCCUGAUGUUUUGGCAACAGUUUCUGGUAGCAGCAAUAUUUAAGUUAAUUCAGGAUUUGAUUCAGUUUGUCCAACCAAUUAUUCUUAGACUGCUGAUUAAAUAUGUUGAAGGAAAAGAUUCUGGAGGUGCUUGGAAGGGCUAUGUGUAUGCAAUUGGGAUGUUUAUUGCUGCAGCAAUUCAAUCAUUAUUCUUGCAGCAAUACUUUCAUUUGGUCUUGACUACUGGUGUUAAGAUAAAGACUGCAAUCACAGGAAUGGUUUAUGCCAAGGCUUUGAAACUAAAUAAUGCAUCACGAGCGACAUCUACUGCUGGAGACAUGGUCAACUUAAUGUCGGUUGAUUCCCAAAGGUUACUAGACAUGUGUUCUUAUAUCAACAUACUAUGGUCAGCACCAGUCCAGAUUAUUGUCUCUCUAUACUUCCUCUAUGAUGUUAUGGGAAUUUCUACUUUGGCUGGAUUUGUCAUCAUGGUUCUUCUAAUUCCUUUUAACUUUUUUGUUGGAAAAACUGCAAGAAAGCUCCAGGUGAAACAAAUGGGUAAAAAAGAUUUGCGCAUCAGAAUCAUGAAUGAAAUCCUUAAUGGGAUAAAGGUGCUGAAAUUAUAUGCUUGGGAAGAAUCGUUCCUGGCAAAAGUUUCAGGAAUACGAAAAGAUGAACUAAAGCAUCUGAAGAAUUCCAUGUACCUCAAUGCUGGGUUUUCCUUCACAUUUACCUGCGCUCCAUUUCUCGUAUCCUUAGCAACAUUUGCUAUCUAUGUUCUCAUUGGUAAUGAGUUAACACCAACAAAGGCCUUUGUGGCUCUUUCAAUAUUCAACAUUCUUCGUUUUCCACUGUCUGUUUUACCAAAUGUUGUUGCAAGCUUUGUUCAGGCACUGGUUUCUGUAAAGCGUUUGACAGAUUUUCUUUGUCUCGAUGAAUUGAACCCAAAAAAUGUUCAAAAGUUUAUUCCAACAGAAUUUUCAAGCCAGGUCAUUCAUGUUGAAGAUGGAACGUUCUCUUGGAAUUUGGGAGAAGGGCCGACUUUGAAAGACGUCAAUCUAAACAUAACGACUGGUUCACUGGUAGCAGUAGUGGGACAAGUAGGAAGUGGUAAAUCUACGUUACUGUCAGCUUUACUCGGGGAAACAGAGAAAACACAUGGACAGGUCUACCUUCAGGGUUCAGUGGCAUACGUACCCCAACAGGCGUGGAUCCAGAAUGCGACGCUGCGUGAUAAUGUCCUGUUUGGUAGAACCUUUGAUCGUGAUCGAUAUCGAAGCACCAUCAAGGCAUGUGCUCUGCAGACAGACCUGGAUCUUCUACCCUCUGGAGAUAUGACUGAGAUUGGUGAAAAGGGAAUCAACCUUAGUGGAGGUCAGAAACAGCGCGUCAACCUCGCAAGAGCCGUGUACUUUAAUGCUGAUGUCUACCUGUUGGAUGAUCCACUCAGUGCUGUAGAUUCACAUGUGGGGAAACACCUCUUUGAUAAAGUAAUAGGACCCAGGGGCAAACUAAGAAAAAAGACUCGUGUCCUAGUCACCCAUUCUGUACACUUCUUACCUCAAAUGGACCAGAUAAUUGUCCUCCAAGGUGGACGAAUCUCAGAGGUCGGAACUUACGACGAGCUUCAGGACAACCAAGGAGCUUUUGCUGAGUUCUUGAAAACAUAUGCCAACGAGAAACAAGACGGGCCAGAGGAAGAUACCCAUCAAAGAGAAACACACCAUAGCGACAUCCACGAGCCUGAGGAAGGGAAUCUACUAACCAUCACGGACAUGGACCACAUGAUGGGAAGUACCUCAGAACUUGAUGCUAUAGUGAAAAGCCCAUCCCGAUUAACUCUAACAGAAAUAGCCAGUACCCAUAGUAAUGGGCGCACAAUCCAGGGUGAAGACAAGACCAUAGAAAGGGUGAUUAACGAGGAGACUUCAGAAAUUGGAAGAGUCAGGUUUUCCGUGUUCUAUACUUACGCAAAAGCAACAGGCCUGAUCGUUUCUUUCUUAUUCUUCCUUUUCCUCCUGGCCUCCGAAGGCAGCAUAGUAUCAUCCAAAAUCUGGCUCGCUCGUUGGAGCUCAGACAACGUCACGACAGACUCUCAAAGAGACAAUUAUCUAUUUGUGUACGGAGCUCUUGGACUUUCACAGGCGUUCUGUAUGCUGUUUAGCUCAUUGUUUCUGGCUUAUGGAGCUAAUGUGGCUUCUAAUGUACUUCAUGAUCGUCUAAUUGUCAACAUCAUGCACUCGCCAAUGUCAUUUUUUGAGAGUACCCCUCUGGGGAGGAUUGUCAACAGGUUUUCUAAAGACAUGUAUGUGAUAGAUGAGACGGUCCCAAAUUCGUUGAUGUCAUUUUGGAGAUGUUUUUUUGCUGUGAUGAGCGCCAUCUUUGCUAUUAGUUAUGCUACACCUAUCUUCCUUAGUGUCGUCUUUCCAUUGAUGGUUCUGUAUGUCUUCAUUCAGCGUCUGUAUGUAGCAUCCUCGCGUCAGUUGAGACGAAUCGAGUCAGUGAGUCGUUCACCAAUCUACAGCAACUUCCUGGAAACGAUCAAUGGUACAAGUACCAUCAGAGCUUACUCGCAACAACAAUACUUUAUUCGUGAAAAUUAUUACAGAGUAGACGAAAACCAGGUGGCAUAUUAUCCGUGGAUUUCUUCUAACAGGUGGUUGGCUAUUCGACUAGAGCUCAUUGGUAAUUUUGUCAUAUUCUUCGCCUCUUUGUUCGUUGUCAUCGCCAGAGAUUCUAUAGAAAGUGGUUUGGUUGGUCUUUCACUUACUCAUGCUUUCCAGAUAACACAAACCCUUAACUGGAUGGUUCGCAUGUCUGGUGAGCUAGAGACGAAUAUCGUAGCGGUAGAACGGGUCAAGGAAUAUAGUGAAACUCCAAGAGAGGCAGCGUGGAUCGUCGAAGAUAAUCGUCCUCCUGAAGACUGGCCUGGUUCAGGUCACAUCGCUAUAGAAACUUUCGACUUGAGAUACAGAGAAAACCUCCCGCUCGUCCUCAAGAAUAUCAACUGUGAUAUCGCACCAGGAGAGAAGAUAGGACUUGUUGGUCGCACAGGAGCUGGUAAAUCGUCCCUUUCCAUGGGACUGUUUCGUAUUCUGGAAAGCACUGGUGGUAGAAUUAUCAUAGAUGAUAUUGACAUCUCGAAGAUAGGGCUACAAGACUUGAGGUCACGCCUUACUAUCAUUCCACAGGAUCCCGUGUUGUUUUCUGGUACGUUACGGUUCAACCUGGACCCGUUUGAUAAAUACUCAGACGAAGAGCUGUGGAAAGUCCUUGAAGUCAGCCAUCUGAAGCAGUUCGUGUCGGGUCUUGCUGAGGGUCUGCAGCAUUCUGUCUCGGAGGGAGGAGAGAACCUCAGUGUUGGUCAACGUCAGUUGGUGUGUCUUGCUCGUGCUCUACUUAGAAAAAGUAAAGUUCUGGUCCUGGACGAAGCGACGGCAGCUGUGGAUCUCGAGACAGACGAACUCAUCCAGAAGACCAUCAGGACUGAAUUUGCUGAUCGAACAGUGUUGACUAUAGCACAUCGACUCAAUACUAUCAUGGAUUACUCCAGGAUCAUCGUUCUUGACAAGGGCUUCAUGAUGGAGUUCGAUACACCUCAGAAUCUGUUGUCCCAACGUGGUAUUUUCUUUGGGAUGGCUCAGGAUGCUGGUCUUGCUUGAAAAGGAAUCAAGCUUAAUGGCUUUUCGAAUUCAUGCAUUGAUUACUUCCAAGCUAGGGUAACUUCAGUUGCAGAAAUUUCAAUUUUAGUAACGAGAAGGGUGUGAAAGUAUCGUUAUUAUUAGUAUUUUUUUAUCAUUUUCGUAUUACCUAGAAAUGUUUUCCAUUCAUUAAAUAUUAUGCAUUUUCGUCACAAAUCCUUUCAAUUUAUUGCCGAAAUUCGUUCGCCCUUUGCAGUAAUUAUAAAUAGAUUUAUAUGUUACUCAGUUUUCGGUUUUAAUGACUAUUUAGUGAGUUUAGUAAGUUUUACGUACCCUCAUGGUACGUAGGGUAUAAAUUAUAUACAUAUAUUAAAAAAAGACUGGGUCGAGUUUGCAUGCAGUGCAUUACGGGACUUUGUUAGAGGAGCAGCUUGUUAGAGGACGAAUUAGACGCCAUCUUGAAAUAGUUCCAGAAUGCCCCGCAAUGCUAACUCAACCCAGUUUUUCCUCGACCUUGGAAUGGUUGAUAGAACACUCAUUCAACAUUAUUUACUUUGAAAAGAGAUAUCGUGACAAAAAGGGAGCAAAACUUUGCUCGAGGGAGUAGAAAGCACUCGCCUCAGAACAAAGUAAUUUUACUUGGGUAUAUUUCCUGUGGGAAGUGGCGGCCAUGUUGGAGGUUUUUCAACAAUGUCAUCCAGCAUUUUAAGUUUUAGCUCUGUCAACCAUAAUGUGGUUUAUAAAAUCUGGUUUGCUUUUAAUAUGUAAUUGAUUAAAUUAUUUAUAAGUUCU